AUUAGAAAAGAUUUCUAAUUAAAAUUCAAUAAUUAACCCGAAAUUUUAAAUCUAAUGGAAAAAUGAAAGAAAAAAAUUACAAAAUUGGAAAGCUAUGAAUACGGAAUACCUGGAGGCUGGAGGGUCGGAUCCGGGCGGCGUCUGGACUCUGGCGGCGGCGGCGUCUCUCUACCGGCAGUUUUCUGAUUUGGCGAAUUUGUUCAGUCGGCCUCUCUACCUGCGUUAUUUUUUCUUCUUUGUGUACGGGUUCUUAUCUUUCAUUGUCUUCAAGCCUUCAAGAAGGUUCCCUCAAACGUCGCUCAGUAACUACAAAAGGAUAUCAUUAUAUACAUGGAGUGUUAUAAGAAGAUCCACAAAGUUUUCGAGAGCUGUAUAGAAUGUAUCCUGAUGUGUUUCUUAAGCUAUGUACCGUUAUCAGAGAAGGAUUGCAUUGGUGCCAUAGAUGGCACUCAUAUUCCUGCAAUGGUCAACGGUCGUCAAGAUCUUCACAUGAUUCAAAAAUGCUAAAUGAUGCAUUAUGUAGAAGAAAUGGACUCAAAGUACCUAAAGGUAGGAAAAUAUUUUUUUCGUUGACUAUGGAUUUGCGAAUCGACAAUAAUUUUUAGCACCAUUGUGAGGUAUUCGGUAUCAUCUCAAAGAUUUUGGAGGUCAAGGCUGUCACCCCCGAAAUGCAAAUGAGUUGUUCAAUCUUCGUCAUGCAUCGUUGAGAAAUGUUUUUGAGAAGAUAUUUGGACUACACAACUUCUUUGUAAAGAGUGUCAUCCUGAUGAAUUUCCUCCUGAACAAGAACUUGAGUCAUCUUCUUCAUCAUAUCUUGACAUGGAGGAAGAAAAUUCUGAAAUACUU